AUGGCGUCCCACGUAAAAGUCGAGCCCAUGGUCCACCCAGAGGGCAGCGGCAUCAGCUUUGGAGCCAAUGUCUCUGACGUUGACUUGGUAGACAUGUCUGACGCUGAUAUUGAGAUCAUCGCAAAGGCCUUUUAUAAGCAUCACGUUCUGGUGUUCAAAGGCCAAGGACAUCUAUCGCCACGAGCUCAAUUCGAGUUUACACGACGCCUCAACUCAGCAGCAACUAUUUCCUCUCCCCACAAAGACCAACUCGAUGCCAAGAGCUUCCUUCUAAGCCCAGACCUCAACACAGUUCCGCACCAGCCACAGGUCCAAAUCAUUGGCAACGGCUUCGUUCUCGAGCAUGAAGGUGCCAAAAACUUGAACCUGCGAUACCCGCAUCACCGCUCUUCACAUUCCACCGUCAUAGAAGCCCAAAACGCCCUUGAUUAUACCCGCUUCUACCGCUGGCACAUCGACGCUGACUUAUACGGCGCGCCUCCGCCUGUUGCCACCACGAUUCUCGCCGUAAAACUGCCCAAGAGACGCAUGCAGACGAUCCGAUAUGAUGACGGCACCGGUGAUGAGCUGGAAGCUCCUCUUGGGACGAUUGCAUUCGCCAGCGGAGAGGCCAUGUACAACCUGCUCUCAGAAGAAGACAAGGCAUUUGCGCAAUCUACCAAGGUCGAGUAUGCUGCUCAUCCGUAUCUAUGGAUGGCAUCAGCCAAAUCGCAUCCCACGGGACUUGGUCUCGUCUCUGAAGGCAAAGAGCUCCAUGACGAUGAGCUACCGCCUAUCGAUCCGGCCUCUAUCCAGAUCCUCCCCAUGUGCUGGCGAAACCCAGUGACUGGUCGACUUGCGCUGCAGGUCCACGCAUCGGUUGUACGACGACUGCAUCUUGGAAACGGAAAAGUUAUUGAUGACUUGGAAAGGGUGCGUGAUAUUUUAUAUCGGUUUCAGAGACCUGGAAUAGCGCCGCAACUCGUCUAUACGCAUGACUGGGAAGAAGGAGACUUUGUGAUUUUUCACAACCGAGGGCUUAUCCACUCGGUGGUUGGUACGCUGGCAGAAGAUGAGGUGAGGAUAAUGAGGCAGUGCAUAAUUGCGGGAACUGAGAUGCCACUGGGUCCUGGUGCUGCGUGA